CGUGAAACUCCUAUUUAUCAAGCAUGAACCGAGCUGAGUCCGACUUAAUAUUAAUCAAGUGAGUUUUAAACGAAAUCGAGACUCUUUCUUAAAUGAAUCGAGUCACAACGAGCCUUGCUAAUGAAAACCUCGUGUUGUUUAACACUCGUUUUUUUUAGCAGUUACAAGUUACUUUCUACGACACUUGCAAGCUUUAUAACUCUCUCUCUACAGCAAUUCACAACACAUACUGACAGUGCCUUGCGCCACUCGCUUUUUCUCUCCACCUAUACAUACAGCGUAUGAAUGAUUUUUUUGUACGUAUUUGCCGGCGGAGGCCCUAACCAGAAGCAAUUAUCCGUCCAUCGGGGCCCGGAGUUUGGGGAUUUUUUUAUUAAUUUGAACAGUUUAAGAAGCUUUGAUCUGUGAUUAGAUGGGGAGCUAUCAGAAUUACAGUUGUGGAGAUGCGGAGACGCCGAAGCUGACGUCACCCGGCUCGUACAAGGCUAAGCGGAGGCCUUCCGCGUCGGCCAUGGAUGACGUCAUCACGCUGAUGCAUGGCUCGGACCCCGUCCGCGUCGAGCUGUCUCGGCUCGAGAACGAAGUUCGAGGGAAAGAUAGAGAACUGGGAGAGGCUUAUGCAGAAAUAAAAGCAUUGAAGUAUUCCGAACGACUUAAACAGAAGGCCGUUGAAGAGCUUACUGAUGAGUUGAAGAAAGUAGACGAGAAGUUGAAAGUGGCAGAAUCUCAACUCGAAAGCAAGAAUCUCGAAAUUAAGAAAAUAAAUGAGGAGAAAAAAGCAGCCUUGGCUGCACAAUUUGCUGCUGAGGCCACACUUAGAAGGGUGCAUGUUGCCCAGAAAGAUGACGAGAUGCCCCCAAUAGAGGCAAUCAUCACGCCUCUGGAAGCCGAGCUAAAACUAACAAGGACGGAAGUGGCAAAGCUGCAGGAGGAUAAUAAAGCUCUCGACCGGCUCACUAAAUCGAAAGAGGCCGCUCUGUUGGACGCUGAACGUAUGGUUCAGAUGGCUCUAGCAAAAGCAUCCUUGGUUGAUGAUUUGCAGAACAAGAACCAAGAGCUUGGCAAACAGAUUGAGAUUUGCCAGGAAGAGAAUAAAAUAUUGGACAAAAUGCAUAGAAAAAAGGUUUCGGAAGUGGAGAAGCUAACGCAAACAGUUCGUGAACUCGAAGAGGCUGUUCUGGCUGGAGGUGCCGCUGCAAAUGCUGUUCGUGAAUACCAAAGAAAAGUGCAAGAGAUUAAUGAAGAGAAAAGAAUUCUAGAUCGUGAAUUGGCUCGUGCUAAGAUAUCGGCAAAUCGUGUAGCUGUCGUCGUUGCAAAUGAUUGGAAAGAUGCCAGUGACAAAGUUAUGCCAGUAAAGCAGUGGCUUGAAGAAAGAAAAUUCUAUCAGGGAGAAAUGCAACAACUAAGAGAUAAGCUGGCAAUUGCAGACCGUGCAGCUAAGGCAGAAGCACAAAUGAAGGAAAAAUUCCAAUUACGCUUUAAAGUGUUGGAGGAAAGGCUUAAAGCGUGUCCCAACGGCACAAACCGUGCUCCGUCACUAGGAAGAAGUAUGAGCAAUGGGAUUUCACGUAGACACUCACAAGGAGGAUUAGAGAACUUUUCCAAACCACCUUCAAAUGUUUAUUUGUCGAGAAAAGCGAGAAUAUCAGGAUCACCCAGAUCAAUAAGUAGUCCAAAUCACGUGAAGAAUUUGUCGAGCUCAUUUUACAGUGAUAGCAGGCUAAACAAUGGGAACGGGUGUGUUUUGACUGAUAAUAAGCUGAAAACUGAUGAUGGAGACUGUGUUUCGGGCGCGCUGUAUGACAUGCUGCAGAAAGAGGUCAUAUCACUGCGUAAAGCUUGCGAUUUGAAAGAUCAAAGCCUGAAGGACAAGGAUGACGUGAUUGAGAUGUUGGCAAAAAAGGUUGAUAUGUUGAAUAAAGCUAUGGAAGUUGAGGCCAAGAAAAUGCGGCGAGAAGUAGCCACAGUGGAGAAGGAACUUGCUGCCAUGCGCAAUGGUGCGGGUCUCCGGGCUAGGGCUGAGGUGUCCGUCCAGAUUGGGUUGGGGCCAUUGGUGUCGGAUUUAGUUAGGCGUUCUAUUGCAGUUUCUAGAUCGGACUCUUCGGCUGUGACUCGGUCCUUAUGGAUGGAGAUCCGUUCGCGUUGCCGUGGUGUAGCUUGGAGUAGUUUGUCUGUUGCGGGGAGGACUGUUUCGAUGUGUUUAGUAGUGUUCGUUUCAUGUUUAGUAUCGCCUAAGCUCGCGGAGUUGGGCGACGACCUCUGUAGGGCGAAAGCCUGGUACUUUCGCCUAAGCUCGCGGAGCUGGGCGACGACCUGUGGCGAGAGCCUGGUAGUCUCGCCUAAGCUCGCAGAGCUGGGCGACGACCUCUGUAGGGCGAAAGUCUGGUAUUCUCGCCUAAGCUCGCGGAUCUGGGCGACGACCUCUGUGCCCAUUGCCACGAUGCUAAGUGUUUACGAGACCAUAUAUGUUGGUGCGCGUGAUGGCCAAGGAAGUCAGAAGAGAGCAGCUAAUGAUGUUAGUGGGUUAGGAAGAAAGAGGCAUUUGCCUGUGACAUUGGAGGGGAAAGGAAAGAGUGUUGAAGGACAAAGUUCAGGGGAGACAAUGGAGUCGAAGAAGGGUUUAUUGGACUUUUUGAAUGUACUGAGGGUUGUUGUUGGAGAUAAGGAUUGUGGUGGUGAAGAUGUUGAGUUUUUAGAGACGGCUAAGAAGAGGGGUUUGACUUUUCCUCGGCCGAGAUGGUGGCCGGACAAGGGUGAUGACGAGUGA